CCUCUCUUCUACCUACUGCAUGAUCCUAUAUUCUCAUUCACCAGGCACUGAUGGUAGCCUUCAGAAAGGGCAGCUUCAGAUCCUCCUCCUCCUCCUCUAGCAAGCAGAAAACCUGGGUCUUGGACUGCAACGCUGCCUUCAGAAAAGAUGGUAUACGAAGACAAGCAUCUGGUCUCCUGCCAAUGUUUCUUCUUACUCGCAGCCAAAUUCUGCUGGAUACUCCCAAUGAUGCAAGGAACUCAUGGCCAGGAAUAUGCCCACUCCAUUCGACUCGAUGGAGACGUCAUCUUGGGAGGACUCUUUCCUGUCCAUGCCAAAGGGGAUAGAGGGGUCCCUUGUGGAGAGCUUAAAAAGGAGAAAGGGAUCCAUCGGCUUGAGGCAAUGCUAUAUGCAAUCGAUCAGAUCAAUAAGGACCCUGAUCUUCUUGCCAAUGUCAGUUUGGGCGUCCGGAUCCUAGACACUUGUUCCAGGGACACUUACGCUUUGGAGCAAUCAUUAACAUUUGUGCAAGCUUUGAUUGAGAAAGAUGGAUCGGAUGUGAAAUGUGCUAACGGAGACCCACCUAUUUUCACAAAGCCAGACAAGAUUACAGGGGUAAUAGGAGCUGCUGCAAGUUCUGUGUCCAUCAUGGUGGCUAACAUUUUAAGACUUUUUAAGAUACCUCAAAUCAGCUAUGCAUCUACAGCUCCAGAAUUAAGUGACAACACCAGGUAUGACUUCUUUUCUCGUGUGGUGCCACCUGACUCCUAUCAAGCCCAAGCCAUGGUUGAUAUUGUGACAGCCCUUGGAUGGAACUAUGUGUCUACACUAGCUUCAGAAGGGAACUAUGGAGAAAGUGGUGUUGAAGCAUUCACACAGAUCUCGAGGGAAACCGGUGGCGUUUGCAUUGCUCAGUCCUUAAAAAUCCCCCGUGAACCGAGACCAGGAGAAUUUGACAAGCUAAUUCGACGCUUGAUGGACACUCCUAAUGCUCGUGCCGUGAUCAUGUUUACAAAUGAGGAUGAUAUCAGGAGAAUAUUAGAAGCAGCCAAGAAAACCAAUCAAACUGGGCAUUUUCUUUGGAUAGGAUCAGACAGUUGGGGGUCUAAAAUUUCACCUGUUUAUCAGCAAGAGGAGAUUGCAGAAGGAGCUGUCACCAUUUUGCCCAAAAGAGCUUCCAUUGAUGGUUUUGAUCGAUAUUUUAGAAGCCGAACUCUUGCAAAUAACAGACGGAAUGUGUGGUUUGCAGAAUUCUGGGAAGAAAAUUUUGGAUGCAAGUUGGGUUCUCAUGGAAAAAGAAACAGCAAUAUAAAGAAAUGCACAGGCUUGGAACGAAUUGCAAGAGACUCUUCUUAUGAGCAAGAAGGAAAGGUACAGUUUGUGAUCGAUGCUGUGUAUUCCAUGGCAUACGCCUUGCACAACAUGCAUAAAGAUAUUUGUCCAGGCUACAUCGGUCUGUGUCCACGAAUGAGCACCAUUGAUGGAAAAGAGCUGCUUAGUUAUAUUCGGGCGGUAAACUUUAAUGGGAGUGCUGGAACACCAGUUAUUUUCAAUGAAAAUGGAGAUGCACCUGGACGUUAUGAUAUCUUCCAGUAUCAAAUAACCAAUAAAAGUACAGAAUACAAAAUCAUCGGCCAUUGGAUAAACCAGCUUCAUCUAAAUGUAGAAGAAAUGCAGUGGGGUAGCAGAGAGCGAGUGCAUCCAACAUCGGUCUGUAGCUUGCCGUGCAAGCCUGGGGAAAGAAAGAAAACGGUAAAGGGAGUACCUUGCUGUUGGCAUUGUGAACGCUGUGAAGGCUACCAUUACCAAGUGGACGAAUUCACCUGCGAAGUGUGCCCAUUUAAUAAGAGGCCCAACCUCAACCGCACAGAUUGCCAGCCUAUCCCCAUCAUCAAGCUGGAGUGGCACUCCCCGUGGGCUGUGGUGCCUGUCUUCAUAGCAAUAUUCGGGAUCAUUGCAACGUCAUUUGUCAUCGUGACGUUUGUUCGCCACAACGAUACACCCAUUGUCAGGGCCUCGGGACGCGAACUCAGCUACGUCCUCUUGACUGGGAUUUUUCUCUGCUAUUCCAUCACUUUUUUAAUGAUUGCAAGUCCGGACACGGCUGUGUGCUCCUUACGACGGAUCUUUUUAGGGCUAGGCAUGUGCUUCAGUUAUGCAGCCUUGCUCACCAAAACAAACCGAAUCCACCGAAUAUUUGAGCAAGGCAAAAAAUCCGUCACUGCUCCAAAAUUCAUCAGUCCAGCUUCCCAACUGGUGAUUACUUUCAGCCUCAUAUCUAUACAGCUUUUAGGAGUCUUCAUCUGGUUUGCUGUGGAUCCCCCACAUAUCAUAGUGGACUAUGGAGAACAGAGGACUCUUGAUCCUGAAAAUGCCCGAGGAGUUCUGAAAUGUGAUAUCUCUGAUCUCUCUCUCAUUUGUUCUCUUGGAUACAGUAUUCUCUUAAUGGUAACAUGCACUGUUUAUGCUAUUAAAACAAGAGGUGUUCCAGAGACCUUCAAUGAAGCAAAACCAAUUGGAUUUACUAUGUAUACGACCUGUAUCAUUUGGUUAGCUUUCAUUCCAAUCUUUUUUGGAACUGCACAGUCAGCAGAGAAGAUGUACAUCCAGACAACAACACUUACAGUGUCCAUGAGUUUAAGUGCUUCUGUGUCUCUGGGCAUGCUCUAUAUGCCCAAAGUUUAUAUUAUCAUUUUUCAUCCAGAGCAAAAUGUUCAAAAACGGAAGAGGAGUUUCAAGGCUGUUGUGACAGCAGCCACAAUGCAAAGCAAGCUGAUCCAAAAGGGAAACGACAGACCAAAUGGCGAGGUCAAAACUGAACUUUGUGAAAGUCUUGAAACCAACAGUAAGUCAUCCGUAGACUUAACCAUGGUCAAGAGUGGCAGCACUUCCCAAUAGAUCUUCCUCGACCAAGACAACUUAUGUCAGUUACAGCAAUCAUGCAAACUGAGUGGGGAAACAAAAACAUACCUGAAGACUUGCAGUAUGUGAACUUAAGAACAAAUGAUGAUCACAUCUGGAGAAUUCAGCCUCUGGAGAUGUCUCUAGACCCCAGUCUCCUCUGUGCAAGGAAAA